AGAACAUUAAAUAUAAAUAGUGACUGAACGAAAUAGAACUACUUUAAUUUUUCCAUACACAAGCGGCCUCACUCUCUUUCCAUGUGGUGACUGCCAUUAAGCUAGGCUCUAACUAGCCAAUAUGCCGCGUAUUCCACUAGUUCAGAGUAAGACGUACGCUACUCCAAGAAGACCAUUUGAAAAAGAAAGAUUAGACCAAGAAUUAAAGCUUAUAGGAGAGUAUGGUUUAAGAAACAAAAGAGAAGUAUGGAGAGUAAAAUAUUCACUUGCCCGCAUCCGAAAAGGUGCCAGAGAAUUGCUUACAUUAGAAGAGAAAGAUCCAAGAAGGUUGUUCGAAGGUAAUGCUUUAUUGAGACGAUUGGUACGUAUUGGUGUCCUUGACGAGAGUAAAAUGAAGCUUGAUUAUGUGUUGGGUCUUCGCCUUGAAGAUUUCUUAGAAAGACGUCUUCAAACUCAAGUCUUUAAGUUAGGACUGGCCAAGAGUAUUCAUCAUGCUAGAGUUCUCAUCCGACAGAGACACAUCAGAGUUCGCAAACAAGUUGUAAAUGUUCCUUCAUUUAUUGUGCGCCUUGACUCUCAAAAACACAUUGACUUCUCUCUGAAGUCUCCCUUUGGUGGUGGUCGUCCGGGUCGUGUUAAGAGGAAAAACAUGAGAAAAGCACAAGGUGGUGGAGCAGCUGAUGAAGAAGAAGAUUAGGUCAAAAUGGGGGCACAUUAUUCAGCAGGCAAAUAAAGUCACCAUUUUGAUAUAUGA